CGAAGCUCUCAGUCAGGGCGGGGCGGCGGAGCGCGAGCUCCUAGACCCGGAAGAAGCGCCAUCUCCAGCCUCCACCAUGGAGCCCACCGCGCCGUCCCUUACCGAGGAGGACCUCACUGAAGUGAAGAAGGACGCCUUAGAAAAUUUACGUGUAUACCUGUGUGAGAAAAUCAUAGCCGAGAGACAUUUUGAUCAUCUGCGUGCAAAAAAAAUACUCAGUAGAGAAGACACUGAAGAAAUUUCUUGUCGAACAUCAAGUAGAAAACGGGCUGGAAAAUUGUUAGACUACCUACAGGAAAACCCAAAAGGUCUAGACACCCUUGUUGAAUCUAUUCGGCGAGAAAAAACACAGAACUUCCUGAUACAGAAGAUUACAGAUGAAGUGCUGAAACUUAGAAAUCUAAAACUAGAACAUCUGAAAGGACUGAAAUGUAGCAGCUGUGAACCUUUUCCAGAUGGAGCCACGAACAACCUCUCCAGAUCAAAUUCAGAUGAGAGUAAUUUCUCUGAAAAACUGAGGGCAUCUACUGUCAUGUACCAUCCAGAAGGAGAAUCCAGCACAACGCCCUUUUUUUCUACUAAUUCUUCUCUGAAUUUGCCUGUACUAGAAGUAGGCAGGACUGAACAUACCAUCUUCUCUUCAACUACACUUCCUAGACCUGGGGAUCCAGGGGCUCCUCCUUUGCCACCAGACCUGCAGCUAGAAGAAGAAGGAACUUGUGGAAACUCUAGUGAGAUGUUUCUUCCCUUAAGAUCACGUACUGUUUCACGACAAUGACACUUUAUUUCCUUUUAGUUUUUAAUAAUGACAAAAAAUGUUUUAAAGAAUAUGAAUCUUCUUGUAAUACUGCUAUAAUGAUUUGUUUACAUUUGAUACAUGUCUUUUAAAAUGCAAUGUAAGCAUACCUUGUAAAUAGAAUUUUUAGAAUAAAAAAGCAUACUUUUAGGAUAGCUAACUAUAAAUCAUGUUGAUCAUGUACUUUUUAGUAAUUUCUUUUUGUUCUUUUUUUAAAGUCUUUCAGUAUUUUUUAAAUAUUUUAUAUUUUCAGACUAAUUUUAAUAGGGACUAUAUCUCUGAGAAUAGACUCUUACACUGGGAAUAACGUUUUUUUCUCAGUACAUUUGUGCUAGAAAUGUUCAGUCUAACAGUCUUUGCUAGCCAUUAAGCAGAAAAUUUUCAGCAUUAAGCUGUUCCUGUUCAGUAAUAAAACCAAUCACUGAUUAGAAAACUACCAAUAUAGAAAAAAAAAUUUUUUAAUCUCUUUCACACUCCAUUAUCAUAGGCUCUUAAACAGCUGCCUACUGAUACUGGAGGAACACUUGAUGGAGUGUGAGCCACCUAAGAUCUCAGUUUGCCAAAAUUCAUUUCUAAUUAACCUUACUAAUGAUCCUACUUUGUUAGGAUUUUCACAUUCUUGGCUUAAUUAUUUUCAUUCCUAAAGAAAAAUAUCUUGGCCUAAACCUUAGUUACUAGAUGUAAUUUGAUGAGGGUUUUUUUUCACUCUCUUUUUUUGAGACAGGGUUUUGUUCUGUUGCCCAGGUUGGAGUGCAAUGGCACGAUCAGGGCUUACUGCAACCUCUGCCUCCCAUGCUCAUGUGAUCCUUCCACCUUAGCCUCUCAAGUAAUAUAGCUGGGACUACAAGUGCAUGCCACCAUGCCCAGCUAAUUUUUGUAUUUUUUAAUAGAGACAGGGUUUUGCUAUGUUGGCUAGGCUGGUCUCGAUCUCCUGGACUGAAGCAAUCCAGCUCAGCCUCCCAAAGUGCUGGGAUUACAGGCAUAAGCCACCUUGCCCAGCCUGAUGAGAUUUUUAAAAAAUGUUUUCUCUGUACUUUUAAUGAGGUCCACUGUACAGUUGAAAUAACUAAAAGAAAUUAUUUUUCGUGUGUGUGUGACAAUUCUGUUUUUAAUGCUAUUUGAGUAAGUGGGCCAUUGGCCAGAUUUGUCUUUUUGUUGUAUGACAAAAUUAACUAAUUUUACACAUUUGUAAAUCUUACGCUCCCAUUGUUAUUUAAAUUACAAUUUUACCUGUUUCCUGACAUCUGUCUCCUAUGUAUUUCUAUUAUUAAUUGCAAAAGCAUAGAAAUGGAAAUUUUGCUAUUAACAAUAAAUUUUUUUUAAGUAGUGCUA